AUGAGGACUUCUUUUGCCGUUGCCGCCCUUGCGGCCACCUACGCCAAUGCCAUUGCUGCUCCUGCUCCCCAGGACGUCGAGGCCCUGGCCACCCCCGAGGAGACUGUUGAUGGUCUGAUUGGCCUGUCCAAGAACUCUACGUGCGCUCACGACCCCAACAACUCAAAAGAGGUCAUCGUCAUGCUCGACAAGGACCAGGUCCCCGAGGCCAAGACUUUGCUCAACAAGCUUGGAAGGCAAGCCGAUAACGAUGGUGUCUUUGAUGUCAUGGACAACUCCCAGUGGAGUGCCAUUGUCAUGAACGCUACCUCCAAGUGCAUCAGCUACCUCGACGACCUUGCCGAAGUGAAGAUGGUGGAUGAGACCGCAGAGGUCAAGUCGUUUGUUACCCAAAAGACUGGUGCACCAUGGGGCCUCCAGCGCAUUUCAAACGACGCCGGUGCCUCCGGUGACCCAUCUGGCCAGGACUUCACCUACUCCUUCGAAGACACUAACCUCGGUGCUGGUGUUGACGUCUACGUCGUCGACACUGGUGUCCGUGUUUCCCACGCUGUCUUCGGAGGACGCGCCACCGAGGGCUUCUCCUUCACUGACACUGCUGCUGACGGUGAUGGCCAUGGCACUCACGUUGCUGGUUCCGCUGCUGGUGCCAAGUUUGGUGUCGCCCAGAACGCCAACAUCAUCGCCGUCAAGGUUCUCGGUGAUGACGGCUCCGGCUCCUCCUCGAGCACCAUUGCCGGCAUGAAUUGGGUCCUCAACAACCACGAGAAGCGCAAGACCCAGGACGGCUUCGUCGGUUCCAUCAUGAGCAUGUCUUGGGGUCUUCAGGGCACUGCCGACUCCGUCGACCAGGCUAUUCUGUCCGCCCUCGAUGCCGGCAUCCACGUCUCCGUUGCUGCCGGUAACGAUGGUACUGAUGCUUGCGGCACGACCCCUGCCCACCUUGGUGGUGCCAACUCUGACGUCGUUACUGUCGGCUCCGUUAACAUCAACAACGAGGUCUCGUCCUUCUCCAACAUUGGCCAGUGCGUCGACAUCUACGCGCCCGGCGAGGAGAUCCUCAGCGCUUGGAGCACCGGCGACAACGUCAUCAACUUCCUCUCCGGUACCUCCAUGGCCACACCCCAGAACUCUGGUGUCAUGGCCUACCUCAUGGCCCAAAACCCCACCGAAUUCGGCCAGAACCCCAAGGCUCUCAAGGCUGAGCUUCUCAAGAUGGGCCGACAGGACGUCAUCAGCGGCUCUCUCGGUGGCAGCGCCAACCUGCUCCUCAGCAACGGUGUCAACGGUGCCGUCACUAAGAAGCGCUCCGUGACCGGCAGCCCGGCCUCGUGGGCCAAGAAGCUCGUCGACAAUGACCUCAAGACCCGCUGGGUCGUCACCUCGGACGACUCAACGCUCCGGUUCUAG